AUGGCCGUGGUGACACUGGGGGCUGUGCUACCCAUCAUGGGGUCUCGUUCCACCAACACCCUCUACAUCGUGGAGUCGGCAUCAUCUCUGGACCCGUCCCCCCCAAGGAUCCGCAUCUCUCCGUGUCCCCCCCGCCGGCUCCGCACGGCGCCCGGCCCGGGAGGGGGCGGCAGACGCCGCGGGACCGGCAUCGCCGCUGGCGGGACCGGCGGCUCCGGGGGGAGCGGCAAAGUCAUCAACAAGGACCUGCGCCACUACUUGAGCCUCCAGUUCCAGAAGGGCUCCAUAGACCAUAAGCUCCAGCAAGUGAUCAGAGACAAUCUCUACCUGAGAACCAUCCCUUGCACUACCAGGGCUCCCAGGGAUGGGGAGGUCCCUGGGGUAGACUAUAAUUUCAUUCCGGUGGAGCAGUUUAAAGCACUGGAAGAAAGUGGAGCCCUCCUGGAGAGCGGAACCUAUGACGGUAAUUUUUACGGCACUCCGAAGCCUCCGGCAGAGCCCAGCCCCUUCCAGCCUGAUCCAGUGGAUCAAGUUAUUUUUGACAAUGAUUUUGAUACUGAAACGCAGAGGAAAAGAACCACGUCCGUCAGCAAAAUGCAAAGGAUGGACAGUUCUCUCCCCGAGGAGGAGGAAGAGGAGGAGAAGGACGCGGUUAAUGGCAGCGGAGGGAUAGAAAACAAAGAAAAACAUUCAGAUUCUCCUGACUGGAUGAAACCUGUUCCCAGCUACAACCAGACAAGCAGCUCCAUGGAUUUCAGGAAUUACUUGUCGAGGGAUGAAACCCUGGAACCGCUGCCCAAGAACUGGGAGAUGGCCUACACCGACACGGGCAUGAUCUACUUCAUCGACCACAACACCAAGACAACCACGUGGCUUGAUCCGCGGCUCUGUAAGAAAGCCAAAGCUCCAGAGGACUGUGAAGAUGGAGAACUUCCUUAUGGGUGGGAAAAAAUCGAAGACCCUCAAUACGGAACGUACUACGUUGAUCACAUUAACCAGAAAACUCAGUUUGAAAACCCGGUGUUGGAAGCCAAAAGGAAAAAACAGCUGGGACAGACUGACAUUGGCUCUUCAAAAUCAGGAGCAGAGAAGUCUGUCUUCACGAGAGACCCAGCCCAGCUCACGGGAGCGCUCAUACGGACAGCGCUGAAAAAAAGUACAAUGGGCUUUGGCUUCACCAUCAUUGGAGGGGACAGACCUGAUGAGUUCCUGCAGGUGAAGAACGUGUUAAAAGACGGCCCCGCUGCACAAGAUGGGAGAAUUGCACCAGGGGAUGUCAUUGUAGACAUAAAUGGAAGUUGUGUCCUGGGCCAUACCCAUGCAGAUGUUGUCCAGAUGUUUCAGCUCGUUCCUGUCAAUCAGUACGUGAACAUGACUUUGUGUCGUGGUUACCCUCUUCCUGAUGACAACGAAGACCCUGUGGUGGACAUUGUGACAGCUACACCCAUCAUUAAUGGACCUCCUGUGGCCAAGGGGGAUGUGUGUGUGGCCAGCCAGGAUUUAAUAGCAGGAACGGUUGUGUUGGACCAGAACGGGAAGAUGGGCCCUAUGUUGGUUAAUGGUCGUCUCAACGGCCCUUCCAUGGACACAACUGAGCAGAGGAUCUCUCUUGCCUCCUCAGGAGGCUCCCAGCCGGAGCUGGUCACCAUUCCUCUCAUCAAAGGUCCUAAAGGCUUUGGGUUUGCCAUUGCGGACAGUCCUACAGGACAGAAGGUGAAGAUGAUUUUGGACAGCCAGUGGUGCCAGGGUCUUCAGAAAGGGGACGUCAUCAAGGAGAUUUGCCAUCAGAACGUGCAGAGCUUGACACACCUGCAGGUGGUGGAGGUGCUGAAGCAGUUCCCAGUAGGAGCAGAGGUGCCGCUGCUCAUCUUAAGAGGAGGUCCACCCUCACCUACCAAAACUGCCAAAGCGAAGGAGAAGCAGGACAGCUCGGGGAGUCUGGAAGCUGUCGGGGACCCCAUCCCUCAGCCCAUGCCCUUCCCUCCCACGGCCGUUCGGUCGGGCUCUCCUAAGCUGGACCCUUCAGAAGUCUACCUGAAGUCUAAGUCUAUAUACGAGGACAAACCUCCAAACACAAGAGAUUUGGAUGUUUUCCUGCGAAAACAAGAGUCAGGCUUUGGUUUCCGGGUGCUUGGAGGGGAUGGACCCGAUCAGCCCAUCUAUAUCGGGGCCAUCAUCCCACUGGGAGCAGCAGAGAAGGACGGGCGGCUGCGGGCUGCGGAUGAGCUGAUGUGUAUCGACGGGGUCCCUGUGAAAGGGAAGUCACACAAACAAGUUUUGGACUUAAUGACCAGCGCUGCGCGGAACGGGCAGGUGCUGCUCACCGUGCGCAGGAAGAUCUUCUUCGGUGGGGAGAAGCAAGCAGAGGAGGAGGAGUUGCAGCCUGUCCUGGCACAGAACGGCUCUCCCCGACUGAAUCGGGUGGAGUUUGCAAACCAGCAGUCCCCAGAGGUCUAUGAUGUGCGUCUGCAGCGGAAGGAGAACGAAGGCUUUGGCUUCGUCAUCCUCACCUCAAAGAACAAACCUCCUCCAGGUGUGAUUCCUCACAAGAUCGGGCGAGUCAUAGAGGGGAGCCCGGCUGACCAGUGUGGGAAGCUGAAAGUGGGCGACCGCAUCUCGGCGGUGAACGGCCAGUCCAUCGUGGAGCUCUCACACGACAGCAUCGUGCAGCUCAUCAAGGACGCGGGCAACGUGGUGACUCUGACCGUGGUGGCCGAGGAAGAACACCGUGGUCCUCCCUCAGGAACCAACUCGGCCCGGCAGAGCCCGGCUCCACAGCACCGGCCGCUGGCCCAGGCCCAGCCCAGCGCCCCCGGCACCGACAGGGCAGCUGCGGAGGGGGAGGCUGGAAAAGAAGCCGCCAACAGCUACAGGAUUUCCUGGCCCGAGCACAAGCACCCGACGGCCUCGGAGGUCGGCAGCCGGCACUCCCAGAGUCCUGGCUGUUUCCCAGUGGAGCUGGAGCGGGGCCCCCGAGGGUUCGGGUUCAGCCUGCGCGGGGGGAAGGAGUACAACAUGGGGCUCUUCAUCCUGCGGCUGGCUGAGGACGGGCCGGCCGUCAAGGACGGGAGAGUGCACGUUGGCGACCAAAUCGUUGAAAUUAACGGAGAACCCACCCAAGGAAUCACUCACACACGAGCCAUUGAGCUGAUCCAGGCUGGAGGGAAUAAAGUGUUGCUGCUGCUGAGACCAGGGACCGGCUUGAUACCGGAUCACAGUGAUUGGGAUAGUUACAAUCCAUCUUCGUCAAAUGUAAUAUAUGAAGAACAGUCACCAUUACCUUCAUCUCCACAUUCUGCUGCCCCAUCUGAAGCGUGUUAUUUACCAGCACCAGGAGAAGCUUUAACGAGCGUUCAGCUGUCUGAGAAACUGGAACAAGCAAAGAACACUGUGCCUGAAAAGAAAAGCACUUUAACUGAGACCCAGUUUGAGAUGAAGCCUCAGUCUUCUCCCCAGAGAACAAAGAACAGGGACUCCAGGAGAAACACGUCUGAAGACGAAAAACUGAAGAGGCUUCACUCUGGGGAGCCGAGCUCCAGCAGGUUGAAAACUUCCAGCCUUUCCAACAUUCCCCUUCUCUCUCUGGAGAGACAAAGGUGGCCGGAGCCACAGGAGACUGUUGCGCUGGACAGACGGCACGGAGCGCGACACGCGGAGCUGCCCCAUGAAACCAAAGAUGGAAUUUCCAAAUCUGAGCAGAGUUCUCCGGUCAAGAAAACACCGAUAACUCCUGGGCCCUGGAGGGUACCGAGCACCUGUAAAGUCACCCCAGCAGCGGGGGUGGCUGAAAAACGGGUUUGACUGACGCUUUUUUUAGAACAUGUUUUAAUCGAGUUUCUAAUAACGGUCAUUUAAAAGCAUUGGUUCUUUUCGCGAAGUUGUCGGGUUUUUUUUCAGAAACUGGUUGGAGGGUGGAAAAGUAUUUGAUUUGUUCUUAAAUUAUCUCAGCUGCAUGAAGGACCUUGUGGAUUGCUUGAAAUGAAACUCUCCCACGAGCUGCUGUCCCCCCCCGUCCUUCGCCGGCCUGUUCUGCUGCUCCUGCCGUCGCGCUGCUGCCGCUUCCCCGUCGUGCUGUGAGUUCUGAACAAAGUUAUUUAAUGCCUGUAUUGCCAAUGUGACCACGACUCACUGUUCUUGUGCCAAGUUACCUGCUGUACCCCCUCAGCCUCAGCCUUCCCCUACGUCACCGUCACAGGAAAGACACGGUUUUUGUUGGAAAAGGGGUGUUUUCUCAAGAGCACGUUGCAUGUUUCUGUGGGGGAGCCCCCCCCGUGUUCUGGCUGGUUCAGGGAGGAGUUGGGCGAGUUGGUUCUCUCCGUUCGAGGGCAGCAAAUGAGCCACUGCACCAAUCGAUGGCUUUUCUUAAAUUUUUAUACCUAAUGCAAAACCGUGUAGAUAAAAAUUAUAUUUGACAUGAUGUUUUGUAAUUUUGCUUUUUAUGAACGCAGCAAAAUUGCUUUAUUUUCUUGACUCAUAAGGAUGUUAUAAGGCUGCUUAUAACAACUGUCUGCAAACAUCUGGCUGGAGAAAAGCCUGGGUUCUGUUAAAUACCAUCGUCCCUUGUCUCGUCGUGGCCCCGUGUCACCCGGAGCCCUCGCUGCAAACACCACUGAGUGCACGUUGGUUUUUGGCUUCACCGCGGUGCCGUGUGCUCAGCUCCCAGCUUUAAUUAGUUAAUGCUGGUGACGAAUGGGAUUUUCAUCCUUUGCAGAGGGAACAACUGACCUUUAGGACAGAACCAGCUGCCGCAGCCGCGUCUUAACGCGGUUCCUGCCCAUGUGAGGUGUCGCCCGUGUUUUACUUUGUGUGUGUGACGUGUCUGGGAGCGGUAAAUUGGGUGAUACUUGGGGUACGUGAGGCUUCAGAUUUAUUGUUUGGGCUGUAACCAUAUUCCACAGAGGGAUGUUACUGGAACGUUCUGACCCAUCAGCCCUCCAGCUCCAAGAACAGCCGCCUGCGUGAGUGAAGGGCUUUUUUUCCUUCAGUUUUAGUGAUGUUUUCCUGACAGGUUAAGUUUUAAUGACUGUAAAGAAGUGGUAAAAGGAGCCCAUUGGUCCAGUUUGCAGAAGGGAGUGUAAAAGGUCAAGCUUUACUUACUCGUGUUAAUAUUCAGACUAAUACGAUUUGCUGUUUGAAUGAGUAUCUCAGUUUGGCUUUGAAACAUUUCAUGUUUUUAAUGAAGCCCCAGUGAAUCAGAUCCAAGUUGAAUUCUUUAGAACAGGUGACUCCUCAAACAGCUUUUUAAACAAAGACUUUGAACCAAUGAAGUGGGCUUUAAAGCAGACCUGAGCUGUGCUCUGCUGCUCGCCGUGGGGUGACCCCCCAGCCAUUCGCUGCGCAGCAGAACCCGCGCAAACGCUCCCUCUUGGAGUGUGACUGUGAAAAUAUUUAAUACUCUGAAGUAGCCUGUGUAGAUAUUCACCGUGUGUUCUCAACAAGAGACUCUGUUUUAUGUUGACUUGUCCCUGACCACUGAGUACGUAACGAAUUCAGCCGUUGAAUACAAAGAUUAAUUAGCACCACUGAAGUCACCUCCCUGUCAUCAGCUGCCCCUCUAUAUUUUUUUUUCUCUGUGUUGAUGUGACCUUGACUUCGUGUCCUACCUGUGUGUGACCUCUCCUUCCAGGGGACUCGUACCUGUACUUACUGUAUCAGACUUAGCGACGUGGCCUUGGAACGCGGAGCAAUGUAUGGAUGUUCUGGGUGUAAAUGUUUAUAUAUUGUACAGCACCUUUAUACAGACUUCGGAGGUUCUGACGAGAGAGAGACCUGUAAAUCGCUCAUUAUUUUUUAUAUAGAUAUUAAAAAGAAACUCCAGUUCUGGG